CGACGACGACAACAACGAUGAUGUAGACAUAGAACACGGUCGGUCCGUUUAGAAGGAGAAGAAGAAUAUUCCGAAAAUAUUAUGGCGCGUUUUUAUUGCCCCUCACUUUUCCUCCCACCUCCAAACCCCAUCCUUAUUCGAUUAUGGUAUUUAAACGACAUCAAAAUUCUUGAAUGCGGGAAAGGAUUUUUUUCUUUUCUUCUCUUCUCCAUUCAUUCAUCAGCUAAAUCCAAUUUUGACUUUGUUUUCGUUGUUGUUCUUUGUCCGAAUCUGAAUUAUGAUGAUGGUAAAACAUUUCCAUCAAGGUGAUAUUAUCUAUCAAUCGGUGAAUGAUAAACCAUUUGUUUAUGUAUUAUUGGCUGAUCAACGUUUGAUUCGUUGUGAAAAUUGUUUCAACAAAAUUGAAGAUGCAAAAUUCAUGUGUAAGGAGUGUCGAUAUGUUCGUUAUUGUUGUAAAAAAUGUCAGGAUGAAUCAACCGCUAUACAUUAUCCCGAAUGUUAUGUAAUACGAACAAGACCAUUACGUACAUUGACAAGAAUGAUUUUAAGAAUUUUAAAUAAAAUUCAACCAAAUGAUAAUGAUUCAUUUAGCGAAACAAUUUAUAAUCAUAAACGAACAUGGAAUUGUUUAAUGGAUCAUUAUGAUCAUUUAGUAAAAGAUUUGGAUGCAAUGUUAAUGUUUGGCGCUAUUUUCGAAGAACUGGAAUUAUUCAAUUUCCAUAAUAAUAAUAAUCAUCAUUAUAAGAAUUUAUCAAUUGAACAAUUAAUAAGAAUUUAUGGAAAAAUUCUUAUCAAUUCAUUUGCAAUAACUGAUCAAAAUUCUGGUCAGAUAAUUGGAAGAGCAUUAUAUCUUGGUGCAUCAAUAUUUGAUCAUACUUGUCAUCAUCCAGAUCUUUAUUAUCAAUUUGAUGGUUUGAAAAUUUAUUUUAUUGCAGCCCGAGAUAUUUGUUUACGAAUAACCGAUUUGGAAAAUUUUACCGAAAUAAAUGAUAAUGAUCAAGAUGCUAAAGAUAUUGAUCAAUUACAUAUCAGUUAUUUGGAUGAAAUUCUACCCGUAUGGGAACGACAAAGAAUUCUAAAAUCGAAUUAUUAUUUUGAUUGUCAAUGUCAAAGAUGUCAAACGGAUAUGAAACGAUUAUCAUCAUUAUCAACAACAGCAUUCAUUUCAAAUGAAUUAACACAAUGUUUAGAUUUGAUUGAAGAUGAUUAUUUUCAAUCUGAUUAUUCCAUAGAAUUAAUACAAAUGGCAGUUGAUUAUUUUGAUUUUAUUGAUAAAACAAACAAUUCAACAAUCUCGGUGGAUAUUUCCAUGCAAACAAACACCGAAUUGAUUUCAAGAAUCCAACAUUUGAUUCAAUAUAAUCAUCAACAACAAACAUCCAAUCAAAUGUUAUUGAAACAAUGUAAAAAAAUAAUUUUGAUCACCACUAUUGAUAAAUCAUGUCCAUCAUUAGAUUUGAUACGAAUCAAAGAUUUUCUAUUAUGUUAUGAUGAUGAUGAUGAAUCAGAUUUAUUGAAUAGUAAUGAAUUUGAACAAAUAUUACAAUCAUAUUCAAAAUAUUAUGGUAAUCAUAAACAUCCAAGAAUUUUACGAAGAUUAUGGUUUUGGUUAGGGAUAUUAUUGUUGAAAAAAUUUUCAACGCCAUCAUCAACAACAACGACGACAAAAGUUAUAGAAAAUUUAAAUAUUUUAUUAACAUUAUUAUAUCGUCGAGCGAAAAUUAUCAAAUCUUAUUUACAAUCUGGUUAAUUUAGAUAAAUUCUUAAUCAACAGCUAAAUAAAUGCGUACAACUUUCCAGACAAUUUUUCGACAAACAGGACCUAGAAAAAAACCAAAGA